AUGUUUAACGUGACUCCAUUGCCCAUGUUUAACGUGACUCCAUUGCCCAUGUUUAACGUGACUCCAUUGCCCAUGUUUAACGUGACUCCAUUGCCCAUGUUUAACGUGACUCCAUUGCCCAUGUUUAACGUGACUCCAUUGCCCAUGUUUAACGUGACUCCAUUGCCCAUGUUUAACGUGACUCCAUUGCCCAUGUUUAACGUGACUCCAUUGCCCAUGUUUAACGUGACUCCAUUGCCCAUGUUUAACGUGACUCCAUUGCCCAUGUUUAACGUGACUCCAUUGCCCAUGUUUAACGUGACUCCAUUGCCCAUGUUUAACGUGACUCCAUUGCCCAUGUUUAACGUGACUCCAUUGCCCAUGUUUAACGUGACUCCAUUGCCCAUGUUUAACGUGACUCCAUUGCCCAUGUUUAACGUGACUCCAUUGCCCAUGUUUAACGUGACUCCAUUGCCCAUGUUUAACGUGACUCCAUUGCCCAUGUUUAACGUGACUCCAUUGCCCAUGUUUAACGUGACUCCAUUGCCCAUGUUUAACGUGACUCCAUUGCCCAUGUUUAACGUGACUCCAUUGCCCAUGUUUAACGUGACUCCAUUGCCCAUGUUUAACGUGACUCCAUUGCCCAUGUUUAACGUGACUCCAUUGCCCAUGUUUAACGUGACUCCAUUGCCCAUGUUUAACGUGACUCCAUUGCCCAUGUUUAACGUGACUCCAUUGCCCAUGUUUAAGGUGACUCCAUUGCCCAUGUUUAACGUGACUCCAUUGUCCAUGUUUAAGGUGACUCCAUUGCCCAUGUUUAACGUGACUCCAUUGCCCAUGUUUAACGUGACUCCAUUGCCCAUGUUUAACGUGACUCCAUUGCCCAUGUUUAACGUGACUCCAUUGCCCAUGUUUAACGUGACUCCAUUGCCCAUGUUUAACGUGACUCCAUUGCCCAUGUUUACCGUGACUCCAUUGCCCAUGUUUAACGUGACUCCAUUGCCCAUGUUUUACGUGACUCCAUUGCCCAUGUUUAACGUGACUCCAUUGCCCAUGUUUAACGUGACUCCAUUGCCCAUGUUUAACGUGACUCCAUUGCCCAUGUUUAACGUGACUCCAUUGCCCAUGUUUAACGUGACUCCAUUGCCCAUGUUUAACGUGACUCCAUUGCCCAUGUUUAACGUGACUCCAUUGCCCAUGUUUAACGUGACUCCAUUGUCCAUGUUUAACGUGACUCCAUUGCCCAUGUUUAACGUGACUCCAUUGCCCAUGUUUAACGUGACUCCAUUGCCCAUGUUUAAGGUGACUCCAUUGCCCAUGUUUAACGUGACUCCAUUGCCCAUGUUUAACGUGACUCCAUUGCCCAUGUUUAGCGUGACUCCAUUGCCCAUGUUUAACGUGACUCCAUUGCCCAUGUUUAACGUGACUCCAUUGCCCAUGUUUAACGUGACUCCAUUGCCCAUGUUUAACGUGACUCCAUUGCCCAUGUUUAACGUGACUCCAUUGCCCAUGUUUAACGUGACUCCAUUGCCCAUGUUUUACGUGACUCCAUUGCCAAUGUUUAACGUGACUCCAUUGCCCAUGUUUAACGUGACUCCAUUGCCCAUGUUUAACGUGACUCCAUUGCCCAUGUUUAACGUGACUCCAUUGCCCAUGUUUAACGUGACUCCAUUGCCCAUGUUUAACGUGACUCCAUUGCCCAUGUUUAACGUGACUCCAUUGCCCAUGUUUAACGUGACUCCAUUGCCCAUGUUUAACGUGACUCCAUUGCCCAUGUUUAACGUGACUCCAUUGCCCAUGUUUAACGUGACUCCAUUGCCCAUGUUUAACGUGACUCCAUUGCCCAUGUUUAACGUGACUCCAUUGCCCAUGUUUAACGUGACUCCAUUGCCCAUGUUUAACGUGACUCCAUUGCCCAUGUUUAACGUGACUCCAUUGCCCAUGUUUAACGUGACUCCAUUGCCCAUGUUUAACGUGACUCCAUUGCCCAUGUUUAACGUGACUCCAUUGCCCAUGUUUAACGUGACUCCAUUGCCCAUGUUUAACGUGACUCCAUUGCCCAUGUUUAACGUGACUCCAUUGCCCAUGUUUAACGUGACUCCAUUGCCCAUGUUUAACGUGACUCCAUUGCCCAUGUUUAACGUGACUCCAUUGCCCAUGUUUAACGUGACUCCAUUGCCCAUGUUUAACGUGACUCCAUUGCCCAUGUUUAACGUGACUCCAUUGCCCAUGUUUAAGGUGACUCCAUUGCCCAUGUUUAACGUGACUCCAUUGUCCAUGUUUAAGGUGACUCCAUUGCCCAUGUUUAACGUGACUCCAUUGCCCAUGUUUAACGUGACUCCAUUGCCCAUGUUUAACGUGACUCCAUUGCCCAUGUUUAACGUGACUCCAUUGCCCAUGUUUAACGUGACUCCAUUGCCCAUGUUUAACGUGACUCCAUUGCCCAUGUUUACCGUGACUCCAUUGCCCAUGUUUAACGUGACUCCAUUGCCCAUGUUUUACGUGACUCCAUUGCCCAUGUUUAACGUGACUCCAUUGCCCAUGUUUAACGUGACUCCAUUGCCCAUGUUUAACGUGACUCCAUUGCCCAUGUUUAACGUGACUCCAUUGCCCAUGUUUAACGUGACUCCAUUGCCCAUGUUUAACGUGACUCCAUUGCCCAUGUUUAACGUGACUCCAUUGCCCAUGUUUAACGUGACUCCAUUGCCCAUGUUUAACGUGACUCCAUUGCCCAUGUUUAACGUGACUCCAUUGCCCAUGUUUAACGUGACUCCAUUGCCCAUGUUUAACGUGACUCCAUUGCCCAUGUUUAACGUGACUCCAUUGCCCAUGUUUAACGUGACUCCAUUGCCCAUGUUUAACGUGACUCCAUUGCCCAUGUGUAACGUGACUCCAUUGUCCCAUGUUUAA